ACCACAUCGCCUACCACGUCGGCAACCACAUCGGCAACAACGUCUCCCACAACCUCGCCCACCACUUCACCUACCACAUCAGCCACAACUUCGCCAACAACCUCGGUGACUACUUCAGCGACCACGUCUGCAACUACGUCGCCAACCACGUCGCCUACCACGUCAGCAACAACUAGUGCAACAACUUCUCCUACUACAUCAGCCACUACAUCAGUAACCACAUCGCCUACCACGUCGGCAACCACAUCGGCAACAAUGUCUCCCACAACCUCGCCCACCACUUCACCUACCACAUCAGCCACAACUUCGCCAACAACCUCGGUGACUACUUCAGCGACCACGUCUGCAACUACAUCGCCAACCACGUCGCCUACCACGUCAGCAACAACUAGUGCAACAACUUCUCCUACUACAUCAGCCACUACAUCAGUAACCACAUCGCCUACCACGUCGGCAACCACAUCGGCAACAAUGUCUCCCACAACCUCGCCCACCACUUCACCUACCACAUCAGCCACAACUUCGCCAACAACCUCGGUGACUACUUCAGCGACCACGUCUGCAACUACAUCGCCAACCACGUCGCCUACCACGUCAGCAACAACUAGUGCAACAACUUCUCCUACUACAUCAGCCACUACAUCAGUAACCACAUCGCCUACCACGUCGGCAACCACAUCGGCAACAACGUCUCCCACAACCUCGCCCACCACUUCACCUACCACAUCAGCCACAACUUCGCCAACAACCUCGGUGACUACUUCAGCGACCACGUCUGCAACUACGUCGCCAACCACGUCGCCUACCACGUCAGCAACAACUAGUGCAACAACUUCUCCUACUACAUCAGCCACUACAUCAGUAACCACAUCGCCUACCACGUCGGCAACCACAUCGACAACAACGUCUCCCACAACCUCGCCCACCACUUCACCUACCACAUCAGCCACAACUUCGCCAACAACCUCGGUGACUACUUCAGCGACCACGUCUGCAACUACAUCGCCAACCACGUCGCCUACCACGUCAGCAACAACUAGUGCAACAACUUCUCCUACUACAUCAGCCACUACAUCAGUAACCACAUCGCCUACCACGUCGGCAACCACAUCGGCAACAACGUCUCCCACAACCUCGCCCACCACUUCACCUACCACAUCAGCCACAACUUCGCCAACAACCUCGGUGACUACUUCAGCGACCACGUCUGCAACUACAUCGCCAACCACGUCGCCUACCACGUCAGCAACAACUAGUGCAACAACUUCUCCUACUACAUCAGCCACUACAUCAGUAACCACAUCGCCUACCACGUCGGCAACCACAUCGGCAACAACGUCUCCCACAACCUCGCCCACCACUUCACCUACCACAUCAGCCACAACUUCGCCAACAACCUCGGUGACUACUUCAGCGACCACGUCUGCAACUACAUCGCCAACCACGUCGCCUACCACGUCAGCAACAACUAGUGCAACAACUUCUCCUACUACAUCAGCCACUACAUCAGUAACCACAUCGCCUACCACGUCGGCAACCACAUCGGCAACAAUGUCUCCCACAACCUCGCCCACCACUUCACCUACCACAUCAGCCACAACUUCGCCAACAACCUCGGUGACUACUUCAGCGACCACGUCUGCAACUACAUCGCCAACCACGUCGCCUACCACGUCAGCAACAACUAGUGCAACAACUUCUCCUACUACAUCAGCCACUACAUCAGUAACCACAUCGCCUACCACGUCGGCAACCACAUCGGCAACAACGUCUCCCACAACCUCGCCCACCACUUCACCUACCACAUCAGCCACAACUUCGCCAACAACCUCGGUGACUACUUCAGCGACCACGUCUGCAACUACGUCGCCAACCACGUCGCCUACCACGUCAGCAACAACUAGUGCAACAACUUCUCCUACUACAUCAGCCACUACAUCAGUAACCACAUCGCCUACCACGUCGGCAACCACAUCGGCAACAACGUCUCCCACAACCUCGCCCACCACUUCACCUACCACAUCAGCCACAACUUCGCCAACAACCUCGGUGACUACUUCAGCGACCACGUCUGCAACUACGUCGCCAACCACGUCGCCUACCACGUCAGCAACAACUAGUGCAACAACUUCUCCUACUACAUCAGCCACUACAUCAGUAACCACAUCGCCUACCACGUCGGCAACCACAUCGGCAACAACGUCUCCCACAACCUCGCCCACCACUUCACCUACCACAUCAGCCACAACUUCGCCAACAACCUCGGUGACUACUUCAGCGACCACGUCUGCAAAUACGUCGCCAACCACGUCGCCUACCACGUCAGCAACAACUAGUGCAACAACUUCUCCUACAACAUCAGCCACUACAUCAGUAACCACAUCGCCUACCACGUCGGCAACCACAUCGGCAACAACGUCUCCCACAACCUCGCCCACCACUUCACCUACCACAUCAGCCACAACUUCGCCAACAACCUCGGUGACUACUUCAGCGACCACGUCUGCAACUACGUCGCCAACCACGUCGCCUACCACGUCAGCAACAACUAGUGCAACAACUUCUCCUACUACAUCAGCCACUACAUCAGUAACCACAUCGCCUACCACGUCGGCAACCACAUCGGCAACAACGUCUCCCACAACCUCGCCCACCACUUCACCUACCACAUCAGCCACAACUUCGCCAACAACCUCGGUGACUACUUCAGCGACCACGUCUGCAACUACGUCGCCAACCACGUCGCCUACCACGUCAGCAACAACUAGUGCAACAACUUCUCCUACUACAUCAGCCACUACAUCAGUAACCACAUCGCCUACCACGUCGGCAACCACAUCGGCAACAACGUCUCCCACAACCUCGCCCACCACUUCACCUACCACAUCAGCCACAACUUCGCCAACAACCUCGGUGACUACUUCAGCGACCACGUCUGCAAAUACGUCGCCAACCACGUCGCCUACCACGUCAGCAACAACUAGUGCAACAACUUCUCCUACAACAUCAGCCACUACAUCAGUAACCACAUCGCCUACCACGUCGGCAACCACAUCGGCAACAACGUCUCCCACAACCUCGCCCACCACUUCACCUACCACAUCAGCCACAACUUCGCCAACAACCUCGGUGACUACUUCAGCGACCACGUCUGCAACUACGUCGCCAACCACGUCGCCUACCACGUCAGCAACAACUAGUGCAACAACCUCUCCUACUACAUCAGCCACUACAUCAGUAACCACAUCGCCUACCACGUCGGCAACAACAUCGGUAACAACGUCUCCCACAACCUCGCCCACCACUUCACCUACCACAUCAGCCACAACUUCGCCAACAACCUCGGUGACUACUUCAGCGACCACGUCUGCAACUACGUCGCCAACCACGUCAGCAACAACUAGUGCAACAACCUCUCCUACUACAUCAGCCACUACAUCAGUAACCACAUCGCCUACCACGUCGGCAACCACUUCAGGAACAACGUCUCCCACAACCUCUCCCACCACUUCACCUACCACAUCAGCCACAACUUCGCCAGUUGUGCUUUACAUCAGUAACCACAUCGCCUACCACGUCGGCAACCACAUCGGCAACAACGUCUCCCACAACCUCGCCCACCACUUCACCUACCACAUCAGCCACAACUUCGCCAACAACCUCGGUGACUACUUCAGCGACCACGUCUGCAACUACAUCGCCAACCACGUCGCCUACCGCGUCAGCAACAACUAG